UGGAGGGGGGCAGACGCUUUAAAGACUGCGCUCCCGUCAUCUCAUUCAAGCUGCAAGACUGACAGACAGAAGCAGAGGAGCGAAGUCCAUAUUCUGAGGGAUCAUCGCCGCUAAUCCGGUUUGACGAAGGCUGAAGACAAGAAGCGGGAAAAACAAUGAGAAGUUUCAAUCCACGCGCGUAAUUACGCACGGCAGUCUCCGUCUUUUAAAGGUGUUUUCUCUGGAAAGGAUGCUGGACUCCAAGGACCGUGGAGAGACAAUGACGUCCAGUCAUAAGAUUCCCUUUUCUAUAAUUGAUAUAUUGGAUCCGAACAAAUUCAAUAGCAAAAGAGGAAGCGAACUUUCCGUCGUCGUUGAGAAGUUCCCUGAGCCACGAGAAGAGGGAACAAGUGAGGAGUCGGACGGCACCGCAACUGGAGACUUCAGAGUUGAGUGCACGAAAGCAGGGCAAGCGACAGGAGAUGAACCCUUUGCGUCCUCCAUUCACCGUGCAGUAGUUGCUGACCCUCUCGCGCUUUCCCCACCGACUGAAGCCGAGCUGUGCCUCGCCGGGGAGCGGGACGAGGCGGAGGCAGCGGCGGCCCAGCAGGACCCCUCCCCGCACAAGCGGCGGCGCGCGGACCAGGCCUGUGCCAAACCACGGCGGGCCAGAACAGCGUUCACGUACGAGCAACUGGUGGCUCUGGAAAACAAGUUCCGCUCAACUCGGUACCUGUCCGUGUGCGAGAGACUGAACCUCGCCUUGUCCCUGAGUCUGACCGAAACCCAGGUGAAAAUCUGGUUCCAGAACAGGAGGACCAAAUGGAAAAAGCAGAACCCCGGGGCGGACAGCACCUUGCAGCCCGGCUCCAACUCCCUGGUCAACGUCAGUCCAAACCCGUCCAACUGCGGGGCAAGCGCCGCCGGCUUCCACCAAACUUUUCCCAGCUUCAGCUCCGGUAACGUGAUGUUCCACGCGGCCGGUGCGCUUCCGCUUUCCUCCACUGGGGGGCUCUUGCAUCCCUUCGUGUCCAGUGGUUUCGUCCAGCCGACUUAUUUCAAUCCACAUCUAUGAGAGAGUUUGUCAUUAACCUUUUCCGAAAUUUAAACAUCAUAAUAAAAGGCCAAAUUUGUGAUGGUGUCCAACAUUUAUUCAAACAUUUAUGUUCCCUGAAGCUCAGUGAAAAUAACUGCACUGAUUGUCUGUCAUUGUAUUUCCCUGGAAGACCUGCUACCACUGUAAAUUUGACAGAUUGUAAAGUUUCAUUUCCUGCACCGUCUUACUGCAGCCACCCGAUACCUGUUUCUCCAUCUAUUGAAAGCUCGCACAGCUCACGUCUCCAGAAUCCGUGUAAAUUAAUAAAAAAU